UUUCAGCUGUUUUCCGGUGACAGCCGGGGGAAUGACAACAGAGGCAGUCACGGCCCUUCUUCCAUUUAAGCACACUGCAAAACAUCGACAAAAACAGGGAGCUGUCUGCCAUUAGAUUUCGGAGGUUUGGGGAAUUCAUUCUUUAUGUGCCUCUGGGAGCAGCAGCAUGGCAGAUGACAAGGACGUGUUGAGAGACGUUUGGUUCGGCCGGAUCCCCACCUGCUUCACUUUGAACCAGGAUGAGGUUACUGAGAGAGAGGCAGAGCCCUACUACCUGCUGUUACCCAGGGUAAGCUACCUGACUCUGGUUACAGACAAGGUGAAGAAACACUUCCACAAGGUGAUGAGGGCGGAGGACGUGGAGGAGAUGUGGUUUGAGUAUGAAGGGACGCCACUGAAAUGGCACUAUCCAAUUGGAGUUCUGUUUGACCUCCAUGCCUCCAACACUGUUUUACCCUGGAGCAUCACUGUGCACUUUAAGAAUUUUCCAGAUCGUGACCUGCUCCACUGCCAUUCUAACUCUGUGAUCGAGGCUCACUUCAUGUCCAGUAUCAAGGAGGCCGACGCCCUCAAGCACAAGAGCCAAGUCGUCAAUGACAUGCAGAAGAAAGACCACAAACAGCUGUGGAUGGGCCUGCAGAACGAUAAGUUUGACCAGUUCUGGGCCAUAAACAGGAAGCUGAUGGAAUAUCCCACCGAGGAGGGAGGCUUCAGAUACAUCCCCUUCAGAAUAUACCAGACGAUGAGCGAGAGGCCGUUCAUCCAGAAACUGUUUCGCCCCGUUUCACCUGAAGGCAACGUGCACACGCUUGGAGACCUGCUGAAAGAGAUGUACCCAGCUGCUAUACCAAACGACGGUGAGCAGAAGCGUUAUCAGGUGGUGAUCCACGGUAUCGAACCGCUGCUGGAGACUCCUCUUCAGUGGCUCAGCGAACAUCUCAGCCACCCUGACAACUUCCUGCACAUCUGCGUCAUUCCAACCCCAACCGACUGAGGCCACGCCUACCACUCCUCACUGUCACUGUGACAACCGACCGACCAGCCAGCCGACCAGCCGGCCGGCUGGGUAACUGGGUGAUGGAAGCGCUAAACGUUGGAAACUCUGAACUAACAGACUCUUUAACGAGAAGGAGUUUACAAUCUUGUCAAUGAUGAACAAAGGAUGUGAAGGAGGUAUUUAACAAAGCUCCUUUUUCAUCUUGUUAAUUGAUAUUUCUAAUCCUCCCGCCACCAAUACUACUACUACUACUACUACUCCUCCUCUUUCCCCCUCAGAAAACUUGUUUAUAUGAGGUGAGAAUGAAAAGAUCUUCUCUUCCUCCUCUGCCCCUGAAAGGAAAGACAAUUCUUCAGGUGAGGAGCUGGUUAAAUGAGCUAAGGAUCUCUCCCUUUUUCUAUCUCACAUCUCCUUCUCCUCUCUUCUACUCCUCUCCGAGCUAACAAUCAUCUCUAGGCGAGGAGAGGAGGUGAACGGAUCCCUCGUUUUUUCAUCCUGCCAUACAUCUUUCUUUUUUUCCAUUCCAAGACAAAGACUGUCCUGUACAGAGAGAAAGGAUUGUUUGGGAUUUGGGGAGAGGCGUAUCCAGUCCUGCUGAAGUUGCCUUAGUUAACACGUUCAUCGUCCUCCUCAUCGUCCUCCCUGCAAAUAACGUCUGGACUCACAAAGUUACUCUGAGUUUACAUCACAGCCUGCAAACAUAAUCAUCUACAAAAACUCAGGACCAUCAGGAACUCCUGGUGGUCUGUUUUUGACUUCUUUCAGAGGAUUUUCUGUUGGUUAGGUCUCUUGCAUUAAGACUUGACUUCAGUUGACAAAGUGAGCUGGAAUAAGAUGAAGACGAGCUGUUUUGGAGCUCUGAGGGCAUUGACUUGACGCAUGUGCUUGCUCGCACUGUUCCCAGCACACUUCUGGUCUGGUUCGGACUGAGUGUCUGGUGCCACUGUUGAGAUAAACAUCUAAUUUUGAAUUAUUAGAAAAAGCAACUUAACAAGCAACAAGUAUCAUCACCUGGUACUUAACUCAAAAAACGUGUAAUUAAUGUUUAUUUUCAUUUUUCAUCUUCCCUUUUAAGAGAAAUUCCAGUUUCAUACAAGUUGGGUCUAAUUUUAAUAGUUGAAAUAAACUUGAAUUAGCCUUUAAUGGUUACAUCCUACUCUUUGGGUGAUGGGAUUCUACAACUGUCAAAAACAAAUGGAUGUGCUAAUAAAAACAACAUUUGUGUUUAAGCUGA